ACACCUAUGUUUCCGGGAGCGCGUGCGAGAGUAAACAGAUCAUCCAGUGGUGAAGUCUACGUGUAGAGAUUCUCUAAUGAUCGCCGUGGGAGCUUUUGUUCUGUUUCUAAAGAGGACCAAACCAAGAUAGCCUACGAAUCCAACAAUGAGAUUAGCUGUUAUAUUUUUAUAUUUUGCAUCUUCGUGUCAAACAGUUUUAUUUGUCAAAGGUGGUGCAGGUGUUGGGCGAGCACCUGCAAGUGUUUUUGGAGAACAGGGUCAGAAUGUUACACUUCCUUGCCAUGACCUGGCUGCCAACGUUACUCCAGCGCUGACACAGUGGUUCAAAGAUGGUACCAAUUUGAUCAAACGUAACCACUCUUCAGAACUUAAACCUGUACCAGGCCACUUAACCAUAUUGGACAAUGGGAGCCUGGUUAUCGUUGGGUUAAUGACUAUUGAUGACGGAUUAUAUGAGUGUCAAUGCUCGUCAAAGGACAUAAGCAAGGUUCACAAUCAUACAGGGGUGAUUCUGCAGAUUGUCAGCAGUCCAGAUGAUGUGACCCUGGAUAUCUCACCUGCACAAAAACUCCCAAAUGGAACCCUGUAUGUCCCAAACGGCACCACUGUUCAUUUCAAGUGCACAACACCCUCCGUGUCCUACCCAUCACAGACGUUAUCUUGGAUAUUGGAAUGGGCCAACUCAAGCAGGAGCACUUUAGUUUCUGGCAAUGGGACUCUGGUACAGUUUGAGGACCUGAACAUUUCGCCAACAUAUCAGGGAGAACACAUGUGUUUAGUAGAGAAUACGUUAUCUAAGAAGCAAAUGGGCAAGACUCUACAGCUGUUGGUGUAUUAUCCACCUGAACGUAACCCACAAUGCAGUUGGAGAGAACAGAAUGACUCCUCCAUCAUUACUUUUAUCUGCAGCUGGCUGGGGGGUUACCCUGCGCCCACCUUACAGUGGGAAGACUUGGCCUCAGGUGGGGGGGCAGUGUUCAACUCUACAGAUGACACGGUGGAGGUGACACUGAACAGGAGUCUACUGAGUGAUGGUCAGGAACUUAGGUGCCAAGGGAAGCACGUUGUCAUGAGUGAUGGUGAAGAAAAGUUCUGCCACUUAACCCUGAAGACUCCGUACCCUGAGGGCGAACCACUGGUAACGGUAGUGGAAGGAAGCAAUGUGACACUGACCUGCACCGAGAAGCAGUCUGUCCCUCCUGCCAAAACCAUAUGGCAGAGAACUGUUGCACACCUAGAUGUUAAACCCAGCGCCAAGUAUGUUAUUUCUGACCUGGGGCCCACGUUUAGUCUAACCAUAGUGAACAUCACUAAAGAGGACGAGGGCACUUACUUCUGCAGGAGUGAGAAUCCAGUGGCUGCCCGCGAGUUAGAGAUCUACCUUACAGUCAAGUCCUCAGUGUCCUACACAGGUGGGAUUGUUGGCAUGUUCUUAUCUAUUCUGAUUCUCGGAGUUGGGAUUUGCAUCGGAAUGGCUGCAUACUCAAACCGCCACAGAAUUUGCUUGGGCUACCGGUUUGGUUUUAUGACAGAGGAGAGGAAUGAUGUACUAAAUCUGGUGGAUUCAGAUGAUGAAGAGAUAUUUCAGGAUGCAGUGCCUCAGUUGCCAGCCUUGUCAAAUGGACACUCCACAACACUAGUGGAGAUUCAUCGGAUCCCAUCCAGUGAUCAUGAAGACCAAGAAAACACACAAGGAUCUCAAGAAAACCGAGAUGCUAUUAUUGUGGCAGAAUAGAAGAUUGAAGAGUUACAUUAUACAUAUUGUAAAUAUUUCCAUGGACAUUAAUCCAAUCUGAGGAGUUUGUGAAUUGAUUGCUAUGGAACUUUAACCUUAAUGUAGGCCUACUUUUUACAUAAACUUUUCUUUUAUGUAGACCUACGUUUUAAUUAUUUGAACAGCAGUAGCAUAUAGAUGGGUGAUAUGAGUGUAGGGUGGAAUCUCAGGAAGAAAGGUUUUUGUAAAAAAAAAAAAAACAUGUAUUAUGACAAAAUAGUCUAGCAUUGAGUAUCCUGUUGCCUAUCCGAUAUCAAAAUACGGCCUACGAAUUAGACUUGUCUAAAAUGAAGAGAAACUAUUAUAAUUUGGCACCACAGGUGGUUUUAAUAGUGUGUAUGGGUGUUACGUAGUAUUGAAUGUUUGAUAUGUUUGAAUGCAUGUAUAUAAUGAUAUGUAUAUAUUUUGUUUUGUAGUCAGUGUUACUAUUAGGAUUGCAGUAGUUUGUGGCAUGGUAAGUAAAGUUGUAGGCUAUUAACAGCAGAGACUUUCUAAUGAGGAGAUACAGCACUCAAAAGAUCUCCCGUAGAAAUGUAUGGGGUUAGUUCGUAAUGCAAACAAGGCAGUCGUCUACACUUCUGCCCCUUCCGCCGCCAAAACUUGACAUGUGAAUACAUCCUGCCAAUCAUGUGUUGGGAUCUCGCAGCUGGAGUGAGGUUGAUGUGUCGUGAUUCAUGAAGCGCACACGCAGUUCUGCCUGAAAUAGAUGCCCGAUAAGUGCCCAAAAAGCGUGACAAUAUGGCCGCCGAGUGGAGGGACUUGCCUAAAAGGACUAUGUUAAUAGUCUAUGGGCCCAGACCAAAAAAAAACCUACUUAGAUCAAGACAAAUGAGUUGCUUCUUAAGGAUUUACCAAGAAUAAAUAACCUAUUCAGUAAGAAUAACAUAUUGUUGAAUGAAUAAAUAAAUAAAUGUACUUAAAACUAAUAAAUGUAUAAUGACACUUAAA